UGCGGGAAUCCGGAGCCGGCCGUCAUGGCCGCCGCCUACUGUGUCCGCCAAGCUGCGACCGUCUUGGCCGCGUUGUGGCUCUUGUGUUUCGGCAGUCUGGCGGCUAGUCAGAUCGAGGAUCAAGCAGAGCAAUUCUUCCGAAGUGGCCAUACCAACAACUGGGCUGUUUUAGUGUGUACAUCUCGAUUCUGGUUUAAUUAUCGUCAUGUUGCAAAUACUCUUUCUGUUUAUAGAAGUGUCAAGAGACUAGGUAUUCCUGACAGUCACAUUGUCCUGAUGCUUGCGGACGAUAUGGCUUGCAACCCUAGAAAUCCCAAACCUGCUACAGUGUUUAGUCACAAGAAUAUGGAACUAAAUGUGUAUGGAGAUGAUGUGGAAGUGGACUAUAGAAGCUAUGAGGUAACUGUGGAGAAUUUUCUACGGGUGUUAACUGGAAGGAUCCCACCUAGCACUCCUCGGUCAAAACGUCUGCUGUCGGAUGACAGAAGCAAUAUUCUUAUAUAUAUGACAGGACAUGGUGGAAAUGGGUUUUUGAAAUUUCAAGAUUCUGAAGAAAUUACAAACAUAGAACUUGCAGAUGCUUUUGAACAAAUGUGGCAGAAAAGACGCUACAAUGAGCUACUGUUUAUUAUUGACACUUGUCAAGGAGCAUCCAUGUAUGAGCGAUUUUAUUCUCCUAACAUAAUGGCUCUAGCUAGUAGCCAAGUGGGAGAAGAUUCACUCUCGCAUCAACCUGAUCCUGCAAUUGGAGUCCAUCUUAUGGACAGAUACACAUUUUAUGUGUUGGAAUUUUUGGAAGGAAUAAAUCCAGCUAGUCAAACUAAUAUGAAUGACCUCUUUCAGGUAUGUCCCAAGAGUCUGUGUGUUUCUACUCCUGGGCAUCGCAUUGACCUUUUUCAAAGGGAUCCUAAAAAUGUCCUGAUAACGGAUUUCUUUGGAAGUGUGCGGAAAGUGGAGAUUACAACAGAGACUGUUAGUCUACAGCCGGAUACAGAAAUCAUGGAUAGAAGCUAUAAGGAAGACCAAAUGGAUGAGGAACUAAUGGAACCUUUGAAAUACGCUGAACAACUUCCUGUAGCUCAGAUAAUACACCAGAAACCAAAGUUGAAGGAUUGGCAUCCUCCUGGAGGUUUUAUUCUGGGAUUGUGGGCGCUCAUUAUUAUGGUUUUCUUCAAAACUUACGGAAUCAAGCACAUGAAGUUCAUUUUUUAGACUUUGAUACACAAAGAAGAAGGCACCAAAGAAUGAAACCUUGGAUAAAAUAUCUGUCAUAUAACGUUAAAGAUAUAUUGCUCUUUGUGUGAGAGAAAAGUAUAAAGAAAUUGAAUGUGAAUAAACUAUUAAUAACAAAAAAUA